UUUCACCCGUAUGACGCAGGUCCAGCAGGGUAUUUCUAACAGGCACUUCCACCUCCAGCUCAGUCUUUUUCCCUCGUCCCGCCAUACGUCUCGAGCCACUCCUCCCUUCCGCCCGUGUCUGAUUUAAUUCUGAAAUGAUUAGCAGAGUAUAUUGAAUUUGCAUACUGGAAAACAACAAGGAGACGUACAAGAAAGAAAACAACAGAUCAGUGUGUCCACUAAAAAAAAAGGAAAAGAAAAAAGGAAUUAAUCAAGCGCAUCAUGGCAGCUACCAACGCCGUAACCAUGGCAACCUCCGGUAAAUCUUUCGGCACAGAUCUCACCAACCUGUUUGGGAGCAAGGAAUUAGCCAUAGCAGGUAAAGCUUUGGUCCUGGUGGCCGUCGCUUUACUCAUCUACGACCUGCUGGUUUUCCUGCUGGCUCCCACCUCCAGCAGGAAAAAUCUCUUACUCACGCCAUGGUUGACUAAAGUUUUUGCUGAUUCUUGGGAGACGCAGCAUCACCACAGCGGCCCUUAUGGCAGAUCCGACGACGCUGUGGGUUCGGUCCUGCGCUCCCUGGCCGACACAGCUACCAAGUACGAAAGCCGCUGGGAGAAGAGCCGUCUUCCGUAACUGUGCAAGAAAAGGUGCAACAAACACGUCUUGGAAUUCCUUUUGAUGGAAAUGUGUAAUAACAGGUGAAACAAGGGGAAGAGGAGACAUUUUAGUCAUCUUCAAUGUUGCUGACUAGAACAUAAUUUACUCGUAAAGUAUGUAUCUGUAAAACAUUGCACAUGCACAUAAAUAUGCACGCUCACAGGCAUAUAUAUGUAUAUAUACAUAAUAUAUAUGCACACACACACACACACACACACACACACACAAACACACACA